AUGGAUAGACGAAUUGCCUCCCCCGAUUACAUCAGUCAGGAGAUGCUGCGUAACGCUCUCUACGGCAAGUGGUGUGACCUGAGUGGCCGAAGUUUGCCUGCUGACAACAACACCAAAGCUCGUCAGCUCCUCGAAAAGAAGAAAGGUCUCCCGAUGCCACCUCAGGUGACCCUCUGCCCGUCCUCACUGCCCGGCGUAGUCCUGGGCGUCUUCUCAACAGACUGGAUCAAGGAAGGUACGGAGAUGGGACCCUACUCGGGCCGGAUCGUCAGGCCGCAGGAGAUCCCAACAGACAGGGACAACAGAUUCAUGUGGGAGGUUUUCGAUGAUGAAGGAAGAUUGAUCCAUUUCGUCGACGCGUCCGAAGAAUCUACGCAGACGUGGAUGUCGCACGUGAAUUGCGCGCGAAACGACCAGGAACAAAACCUGGAAGUCUUCCAAAUGGGCUCCGAAAUCUACUACCGUGCAACCAAGACCAUCCCUCCAGAUCAGGAGCUGUUGGUCUACUAUGGGUCAUCAUUUGACCUCUUUUUAGGGAUCCCCUGUGGCCCCGUUAUUCAGGAGCAGCGAACAAAGAUCUCAACAGAAGACACUGUGAGUGAUCUGCAGACCCCGCCCACUCCUCAAAGUAGGCUUCACUGUGUCGUUUGUAGGCGUGGCUUCAACUCCCGUAGCAACCUUCGCUCGCACAUGCGCAUUCAUACGUUAGAGAAACCUUUCAUCUGCAAGUUCUGUCAUCGCCGCUUCAGCCAGUCUUCCACGUUAAGAAAUCAUACACGUCUACAUACAGGUGAGAAGCCCUAUCGAUGUAACGUUUGUCACAGCGCAUACUCGCAGCUCGCUGGUCUCCGAGCCCACCAAAAGAGCGCACGUCAUCGACCUCCCAACUCGAGUUCGACCAUCACGACCCUGCCCGUGGCCAUCCAGCGGCCCCCACUCCAACCCGUACCCCACACCGUGCCCGCCUACAAGCCCGCCGAGCCCGGCAAGGUUUGA